AUGAGUAUUUCUUUAAAAUCCAAAAAACCUAAGACGAAGAAGGAGGCUGCAGUCAUUAGCAGCGAUGAAGAGGGGCGAAUGGAAGUGGAUACAGCGCGGGUUGUACUUACCCCAGUCGCUACACCUAGUGGAGGAACUAUCCCUAGACCAGGGCAUAGUCGUACGAGUUCGAUCUCCUCUAUUACAGAGGAGGUUGGUACUCCACUUUUGGCAAAAAGGAAAAGAUUUGACACCUCGAGAUCGGAAAUCGACUCGCAAAAGCCCGCUGCUCUACUUGAUGAGGCGAGAAAAGAGAGGGAGGAACUAGAAGCUUACCUAUUUAACGAUGCAAAUAAAUUAACAAAAAGUGCCAUUCAAUUUAUUUUAUCAAAGUGGGGAAUUUUGGAAAACCGUUUGCAAAAUGAAAUUUUAGAAAAGGAGAAGCUUCUGGUUCGAAAUGAGGAGAUAAAAAGUAAGCCGACGAUGACAUACGCUCAAGUUACAUCUCGAGGUGUUGGCCUGGCUCCUCCUCGCGUCUCUACAGUAGGAACACCUAGAAAAGAAAAAUCAACAAGUCAGAUCCUCAUCGUGAAAGCUGUGAAUGAUAAAGAUAAUAGAUCUAGUGAAGAACUUAAAAAUCAGGUUACUCAAGCACUGGAAUCAAAGAGAAAAGAUCUAAGGGUAAGAAAUAUUAGACAACUAAGAAAUAAAGGAGUUCUCUUAGAACUCGAAAGCAAAAAGGAUGUAGAUAUUGUUAAGGGUGUUGGACUCGAUGGUAGGGGACUGAGUGUUGCCGCUCCUAAGAAGUUGGACCCCGUCAUUGUAAUCUACGACGUUGAAAAGGAUUUGAAGCCUGAAGAACUCAAAGAGGAUUUGAUAUCGAAAAACUUGGUUGCUACAGAUGAUCAGUUUAAGGAAGAACUAAAAGAAAAAGUUAUAUUUAGACAUUCUUUUAAAACGAGCCACCCUGACAGGGUUAAUUGGAUAGUCCAGUUACCUGGUAAAGCAUUUGAUACUCUACUGAACUCUGGUAGGGCCUACAUGUUUUGGCGAUCAUACAGACUGCGUGAAUAUUUAAAUAUUGCCAGGUGUUUCAAAUGCCACAUGUAUGGACAUGUGGCUAAAUACUGCACUACCCCUAAGCAACUUUGCGAGCAUUGUGGUCAACCUGACCACGCUCGCGAGGAUUGCAAAAAGAAAGAUCAUCCUCAGUGCCCGGCGUGUGUUCGUCUUAAGCGCAAGGAUGUCGACCACAGCGUUAGGAAUAAAUCUUGUCCAGAAUAUUUAAGACAGGUUGAAAUAUACCGAAAUAAAGUUCAAUGGACUUAAUUAUUGGUCAGAUUAACGCACAAAGAUCGAUGGCUGUGGCGGCAGAUUUGCGAAAAAUCAUCUUGGAUUGUAAGUUGGAUAUCCUGUGCAUUCAGGAGCCGUAUGUUUUUAAAGGAAAGAUCAGAGGUUAUAUUUCGCCGAUACUGUCUGUGGUUCAACCGAAAGGGGACUCUCCUUGGGUAACAAAUAUAAUUAAUAAUUCAAAAUUGGAUUUUUUCGCUAUGACUGGUUAUGAGUCUGAACAUAUGUUGGUCACGCAGAUUAUUUUUGGAAGUAUCAAGUUUUUUCUUAUAAAUUUAUAUUGUCAGCACUCUCUUUCGCCUAAUGUAUUCAUGACUAAGUUGGAGAGAUUCAUCAAUGAGAACGGUACAAGCAAUAUAAUUAUUACCAUGGACGCGAAUGCUAAAUCUACUUGGUGGCAUUCAGACGUUAUUGAUGAAGCAGGUCGAGAGUGGGAAGAAUUUAUUUUGGACCACAAUCUUUAUAUUGCUAACAGGCCUGGAGAGCUUUAUACCUACUCCAGCUUACACGGCGUGUCUAAUAUAGAUAUUACUCUUUGUGGAAGAAAUUUACAAAAUAAGAUCUCGAACUGGAGGGUUACUAAUUUAUGCUCCAUAUCGGACCAUAAUUUGAUACUGUUUAAAUUUAAAACCUACAUGGCGAGACCAUUAAAUCUUUUUAGAGACCGCGAGUAUAAUAUUAAGGCGGCGAAAUGGGAUCGUUUUGAAGAAGCUGUCAGUCGAAUUGUAGAUGAACAGUAUUUAGCUGAUUUUGACCACCUGAGUGUAAAUAAUAUGGU